GUCGCUCUGUCCUUCCUGUUCACACCGGGUGGACGCCAUAUUGUAUGUCGUAACCUUGCGGUGAAGGUUGAACCUUUCUGCUCGUUACAUCGGUUCCUAAGGAAUUCCGAAGACUCAUUUUCUGUCAGUAGCUACCUAAGGUAUUCCCGCAGAGGUCAAGAUGUUUUCCUCGUUCCGAGAGGUCGCAAAAUGCAACCCUUUCUUCAGCCCGUUCCAGGCGCAGUGCGAGGGGAGGGCACCGGCGAAAGAUGGCGCCCUAGUUCCAACAAGAAGUCUUGGCGCUGCUGCGGCCGCGGAAGGAGAUAGCUGUGAGUUUGGGAGUGCCAAGUACUAUGCCCUGUGUGGUUUUGGAGGCAUCUUGAGCUGUGGCCUCACACAUACAGCCAUCGUCCCCCUGGAUCUGGUGAAAUGCCGCAUUCAGGUUGACCCAGGGAAGUACAGGAACCUCAUCUAUGGUCUGAGACUUACGUUUACGGAGGAGGGUGCUCGUGCCCUGGCCAAGGGCUGGGCCCCAACCUUCAUCGGCUACUCCCUACAAGGUCUGGGCAAGUUUGGCUUCUACGAAAUCUUCAAGGUCUUCUAUGGAAAUCUCCUGGGAGAGGAAUAUUCUUACACAUACCGGACCUCCCUGUACCUGGCUGCCAGCGCCAGUGCUGAGUUCUUCGCCGACAUCUUGCUGGCUCCAUGGGAGGCUACCAAGGUGCGUAUCCAGACCAUGCCUGGGUUUGCCAACACCCUGAGAGAAGGCUUCCCCAAGAUCUACAAUGCAGAGGGAAUCAACGGGUUGUACAAGGGCCUGCCCCCACUGUGGAUGAGGCAGAUCCCCUACACCAUGAUGAAGUUUGCCUGUUUCGAGAGAACGGUGGAGGCCCUGUACAAGCAUGUGGUGCCCAAGCCCAGGGCUGACUGUAACAAGGGCGAGCAGUUGGUGGUGACCUUCGUUGCUGGUUACAUCGCCGGUGUGUUCUGCGCCAUCGUGUCCCAUCCUGCCGACAGCGUGGUCUCCAAGCUGAACAACGAUAAGGGCAGCACGGCCAUCGAGGCUGCCAAGGCUCUGGGCAUGAAGGGCUUAUGGAGAGGCCUGGGUGCCCGUAUCAUCAUGAUCGGUACCCUGACAGCUCUGCAGUGGUUCAUCUACGACAGUGUCAAGGUCGUUUUCCGCCUGCCCCGCCCGCCGCCACCCGAGAUGCCCGAGAGCCUGAGGAAGAAGCUGGAGGCUGCCGGCAAGCUGUAACGUACCGAACAUGGGCCCGGUGUGGACUGGGAACGGACUUCUUCUUGUCCAUUCUUUGUCUUAAGCAUAUCUUCAACUGUUGAUGUGAUGCUGUUCAUGUCAUGCUGUGAUUUUUAGGCUUGCAAGAAAUGGUCAAGAAGAACUCUUGUUUCUAGAUGGAAGAAAAAAAAAACGACAGGUGUGAGCUAGUCUGACAUAAAUAACAAAUCUCAUUUUUACCACUGGGACGACUGUAAAUCCUUUUUUAUAAGUAGGAUGUAAUCUGACUCCACAUAACGGUAAUGAACCUGGGAAAAGUUGCUUGAGGCAAGUCCCAUUCUCAAUGUGAUACCUGAUCUUAAGAUGAAUAUACAAACUUUUAAACACCUUUCUUCCAGUCCUGCUGCCUUGUUUUGAGUGAACUCUGUCCAUGUACAUUAGGACCUUAUGGAGUAGACGGCAAAAAUAUCUUCCGUCUUUAGUUAUGGAAUUCAGUGGGAUAAAGAAGUCAUUAGUCUGUCAUUUUCAUUCAAUCAGGGGAAUUUUAGCAUCAACAUCAAUUUGAUCAAAGUUGUAACUAUAAAUAAAUAAAAGUCAUUUUUAUUGAGAUGUAAAGAUGGCAUGAUAUCCCCUGCACCCUUACCAGUAUUUAUGAAAUACGACUAUGUAGGAAGGCUGCUCUGAAACAUGUUUGUUUUGAUGAUGUGAAAAUAAAGAGAUUGGACAAAUGUGUA